AUGAUCGGAACGCCGGCGUCGGACCGAAAGAAGACUCUGAGCGGCCUGGAGUUCCCAAUCGGCCACUUCCUAGUUGAGCAAGGGACUCUGAAGCUGAAAGCAGGAAGCGCGGCUCAGUGUGUGAGUGAGAGUCGCCGAGACGGACGCUGCCCGCACGGGAUGGAGCUGCCGACGCUAACCGCGAUCGCCUUUUACCUCGUCAUAUCCACGGUCGGGUCGCAGGGAUUUACCGUCGAGCCGGCACAGAGCGACUUAUAUGUCCCCAUCGGGGGAGACGCGGAGUUCACGGUGCGGCCGGCAGGUGCUAUCGAAAGCGGAACCUGGCUUUUCAAAGGGAUAACGAUCGUCUCGUGGGUCAGAACAUUCUCGUCGAUCCAUGUUGCUUACAGGUCACGGGUGGAUUUAAACUCCACCAGCGGGUCGCUGGAGCUGAAGUCGGUGAACGAGUCGGACAACGGGGAUUACACAGUGUCACUCACUGAUGUUGGCGGCGUCCAAGCUUCAGCGACCAUCACACUGCACGCACUCGAGCCUGUUUCCACACCCAAUAUCACCUCCAAUGCCAGCAGCUUCAUAGAGCACAAUGACACCGUGGUCUUGACCUGUGUCGCGACAGGGACUGACGUCUCUUACACGUGGAGUGAAGACAAUAGCGUGAUAUCUAACGGCGGCAGGUUUGAACUGAGCGCCUCUAACAACACACUCACCAUUACCGGAGUAUUGCGGUCGGACGGGCCGAUCAUUUGCCUCGCCUCCAACGCGGUUAGCGCGAAGAUAAGCGAGCCGUUCCCUCUCAAUGUCUUUUACGGGCCGGAUAUUCCGAUUAUAAUUCCUGAACCCGACACCCCUGCUUACACUCCCGGGACCGACGUCACUUUAACCUGUUAUGCACAGUCUAAACCAGCUGCUAUGUUGAGCUGGUACCUUCAAGGUGUCUUGGUCCAUAGUGGAGACAAACUCAACAUUCCCAAUGUUUCCAGUAAAGAUAUUGGGAGAUAUGUCUGUCAGGCCUUUAACGAUGUGACCGGAAGGUACAUUUCCUCAUCAAUAGAAGUCGAUGUUCUGGAACCGGUGGGGAAUGUCAGUCUACGAUCCACUAAUUCUUACCCAGUGGAACAGCGAGACUCCGUCCUGUUGACGUGCAGCUCCCACGGAACUCAUCUGAAGCGGGAAUGGUUUUUCAACAACCGGCCCAUCCGGCACAAUGACAGGAUAACUAUAUCCGGAGACAUUCUGCUCAUUGACCCAGUGAACGUGGCCGACACAGGGGUGUAUAAAUGCAUCGUAAGCAAUGGUCUGAACAACGACAGCGCGGAGACCUACCUGGAGGUUUUACGUAAGUACAGAGGCAUUCCAAGUAUGUAG